UGCAGUUUAUUGUUGCGACCGUUUUAUUCCUCUCCACCUUUUUGAGUCUCGUGUUAACUUUUUUCUCUUGCUUUGCUACUGUCUGAUUUGUGCUCUUUGCAUCUAUUCACAUUUAGAGACAAAAUGUCUGUCCAGAAGGUCUACGCGACGUAUAAUCAGAUUCACAAGCUCUGCCAGGAGUCCGCUCCGCAGAUUCUUGAGGAAUUCAAGCCCAACCUUAUGAUCGCCAUUGGCGGUGGUGGUUAUGUUCCCGCUCGUAUCCUCCGAUCCUUCCUCAAGCGCCCCGGCAGCCCAAACAUCCCUAUCCAGGCCAUUGGUCUCUCGCUGUACGAGAACCUGGGCACGGCCGAUGACCCUGUCGAGACUCCCGGCACCAAGGUCACCCGGACACAAUGGCUGGACAUGAGCAGUCUGGAGAUGGCCAACUUGAUUGGCAAGAACAUUUUGAUCGUCGACGAGGUUGACGACACUCGCACUACCCUCGAGUAUGCCGUCAAGGAGCUCCAGAAGGAUGUUGAGAUUGCCCAGCAGCGUCUGGGCCGCACGGGCGAGAAGACCAACUUUGGCAUCUUUGUUCUUCACAACAAGGACAAGACCAAGAAGGGCGCCCUCCCCGAGGACAUGCUCAACGAGAACCGCUACGUUGCCGCCCGUACGGUUCCCGAUGUCUGGAUCUGCUACCCUUGGGAAGCUACUGACAUUGACGAGCACGACCGCCUUGCCCACGAAGCUGAAAAUGGCGGCAGCUCCGUCCAGCUUCAAUAAAUGGCUAAAGAAAAAAAAAGAAAUCAGAAAAUGUUCAUCCCGAAUAAUCCCCCUCUUUCUACACCAAUACCACAAUUUUUUUUCUUCGCCCAGAAUUUUGCAACAGACCUCGAGAAGUAUAUAGAGCAAAAGAGCCUGGAUCUUGGAAUGUCGAACGUGGAACGUUGAACGUUGAACAUGGAACGCAAAGCAUCAUCGCGCUACUAACAAUCGCACACCCCGCCAUUCACGAUUAUAUGGUUCCAGAGUCUUGUCCCCUUUGACCGAAGAACAUUCAAGCGGGCCGGAUCAUACGUCGUGUCGGUGAAGAUGGGAUGCAAAUCAAGGACAAAGGACAUUGGAGUUUCAUAUGGAAAUAACAUUCUACCCCCAGAACACUUUACUUAAACACCCCCCGGCCCAGAUCAUACGCUUGCUUAAUGUCGAUAAUGAGAAAAAUAAUGCCAAUUUCAUAUUCUUUAGUUUUGAUACACGCUAAAC